AUGCAUUUUUCAAUUCCUGACACUCAAGAAUUCAUCGAUGGAUCCGGGAAUUCUUUUGUGAGCUACAAUAUCCAUAUAAAUGGACUCUUCCACUGCUCAGUAAGAUACAAACAAAUGUUGAAUCUUCACGAGCAAUUAGUGAAAGAAAUAGACGUAACACUUCCAACAUUUCCGCCUAAAAAAUUCUUCCCACUGACUGCCAAUCAACAGGAAGACCGUCGUCUGUCAUUGGAGAAAUAUAUCCAGACAAUUGGCCAAAAUCCAGCGAUAAAUAAUUCCGAGUUAUUGAACGGAUUCCUGCUGAACGCCCAGCAAGAAACGAGUGCUCGGGUGAUGGAAAAUGACGAGUUUCUUGUCUAUCUAAUGAAUAAUCAAGAAAUAAAAUUACAGGUAUCAACCGGUGAUAGCUCAACAAAAGUAUUAGAGAAAAUUUGCCGUCACCUGAAUUUACCGCCUCAGUAUGAUUCAUAUUUCUCUUUGUUUAUCAUCGUCGAGAACGAGAAUGGAGAUGUCAAUAUUCUGCGAAAGCUGCAUGACUUUGAGUCUCCUUUAUUGACACGUGCUAAUGUUAAUUUUACAAACGUUCAGGUGGUUCUUGGUAAAGGCUAUUGGGACAUAAAAAAUGAUAGUAAAUUAAUUAGUGACCCCGUAGCACUUAAUUUGCUUUAUAUUCAAGCGGUCGCUGAAGUAAACCGCGGAUGGAUCUUAGUGCCAAAUCCAUUGCAAACUCAUUUGCAAGAUUGUUACAAUAAAAAUAAUAAAAAUGAGUAUUUAAAAUUGGUGAGUUCAUUUAAAUAUUAUGGUUUUAUACAAUUUGCACCGUGCUAUUGUGAUUUUCCUCAGGCAAAUACCAAAGUGCAAGUCGCUAUUGGUAGAAAUGAAUUAAAUUUACGUAUUUUUAUGGAAAAUAACGAAGAACAUGAAGCAAUAUUUAAAGUAACGCGUAUGCGUUGUUGGCGAAUCACUACACUCCAGAAUAAUUUCAUUGAUAAGAAUAAUAAAGAGGAGACUAAUGACUACAGUUUAGAAUUGUCAUUUGAAUAUCUGGUUGCUAAAAAUCAACUGCAGUGGAUCACAAUAUCUUCAGACCAGUCGAUACUGAUGUCUGUGUGUCUUCAGAGUAUGAUUGACGAGUUGUUACUCAGGCACGUAAGUAGUCCUAAAAAUAACCAACUGAGUGGAAAAUCGUGGACUUAUAUCAUGAGAGAUGGCCACAGCAGAAUCACCAUGGGCUCUAAUAUUUCUCAUAGUGCUCCGGGUACGCCGACUAUCAACAGUGAUAGGGUACAAAAGGACAAAUUUAAUCAAGACUCUGGUGGAAGAUCAGAUGAUACUGUUAUUAAAAAAUUAUCUGAGCGAUUUUCUAAUGCAAGAAAUAAAAAGACAGAUUGUAGAAUGACAACUCGGUUAAAACAACCGAGUACGAGUGACUGUGAUAUCAUGGAAAAUAAUGCAUUUCAUAUGAUAGGAGAUGAAGAUCUUUGA